AAGGACUCCGGUGUCGGAGAAGAUAAUGUAAAAGUCAUGUGAUCAAUUGUUCUCGCGUUUGAUUGGCAGUUCGUAGUGACACGCCAGUCAAGGCAGCAGCGUGAAUUCAUCAGUUCGUUCUCAAGCCCGAGAUUGCCAACGCAAACUGUAAUACCAAAUGGAGCGUCACAACCGAGACGAAAUGCUCUUCUCCAGUCCAUUGACUGCCCAGGAAGCUCCGCCUGAGAAGAAACGGAAAAUUGAACCAAGUAACUGCGGCGCUAACGGCUCUAUGACAUCGAUGAAGCCCCGCCCACCUAACCUGAUCCCAGACCCCCCGGAGUUUCGUCACUAUGGUAACCAUUACGGGGAGUCAUCGUGGAACAAGGACUCGUUCAGGGCCCUCCUGGAGAAUAACGACCUCGUGGAUCCUAAUUUGGAUAAGGGCUUUAAAAACUCACGCCAUGGUGGACCAGGGGCGUAUUCCCGAGGGGGCUCUCUGGGCGAGCAACCCAGUGCCCCUACCAGUCCCUAUGAGGUGCCAUUCAUUAUGGACAAUAAACCGAUAUCAAGUCAGGCACCAAUGCAGGAUUUACUGAGCUUCAAUGCUCGUGCAUUCUCUGAAUUUCACACCCUGAAUACGGAGAUGACAGGAAAGGAACGCACUCCCAGUGAAUCGAUAGAGAAGAGCAAACCGGUUGAGCCGGUCGAGACCAGAAAACCCGUUGAACCGGUUAAGAGUGUGUUGACACCAAUCAGAUCUAGUUUGCCAUUGACAUCUAGUCCUCAAGCUAAUGUUGCUUGCUCCACAACAGAACCUGCUCCACAGGACCAAGUCAGUUCUUCUUGUAAAACAACUGAGACUAGCAGGCCUGAAACUUCAACAAGCGCAACUUCAGAGGAGACAAAUUCUACCAUCAACCACACAGAGUCUACAAAGGAACCAGAAGGCACACCGUCCAAUGAGGUGAAAGUAAAACAGGAAGACGCGUCGCUACCUAUGAAAAAAUCUGAAAAUAAGUUAGCCGACAAGUCAGUGGACAAGGAAGCAGAUAUCAGGGCAACGGCGACAGAGGCUGCAGAUUCUACCACUGCCACGGAGUCUUCAGAUCCGUUCGGGUGCCUGGACUGGAAGAAUGGUAUCGCCACUUUGCCUGGCAGUAACCUAAAGUUCAAGAUGACGGAGUUUGGUACGUUGGAGAUCGUGAGUACGGUAGAAACAGAAAAAGGCGACUCUGUGGAAUGUAGCACUGCUACUGAUGUUGGGAAGAAGGAAACUGAGGAAAAAGACAUCCCCAAGACCACGGAUCUGAUGCAAGGUCCCCCUGAUGAGAGCCAAGUUCUUUGCUGCGAAGUAUGCGGUGUUUACGGUCUGCCGCAAGAUUUCUGCGCUUCCGGCCGCUUCUGCAGCUUGUCUUGCGUCGGCAAGAACACUGGACGUCUCAAUAAGGGCCGAGAGAUCAUUAGGAACGCCACCUCGGUGGAAGGAAAGCUCACCAAGAAGAAAAAGAAAGUCAGAGGCGGCAGGAGAAAGAAUUCGCCGUCAUUAAUGGACGACGAUGACCCACCAUAUGGUGAGCCGAUUUCUCCCAAAUUGAAAGGCGUCAAACCAGAGCGAGGGAGAGGCAAACCCAAAGCACCUAUGGCGGAGGCCAAGGGAACAAGCUUGACUGCAAGCAUGGUUCCGUACAACUUCAGCAAACCGUUCACAUGGGCGGAUUAUCUUUACACUUCAGGUGCCAAACCGGUCCCCGUGAGCACGUUCCGACAGGAAAAUCCGGAUAUCGAGGUGUUCACGAUGCCAUGCGAAGAGUUCAAGAAAAAUAUGAAACUCGAGGCGGUGGAUCCCAAGCAUCCGUCGUACAUUUGCGUAUGCACCAUAGUCCGAGUGAAGGGGGCACGACUUCGGCUCCACUUCGACGGUUGGUCGGAAUGUUACGACUUUUGGACAAAUGCGGACUCGCCUUUCAUCUUUCCGGUUGGUUGGUGUGCAAAGAAUGGGCAGGUGCUGCACCCUCAGAGAGGUGUUCUUCCAAAAGACUUCAAUUGGGAGAAGUACCUGAAGAAACAGAAUGCGACUGCCGCUCCGGAACAUUUAUUCACACCAGUUUCCCCGACUAAACACGGCUUCAAGACCGGUAUGAAGCUGGAGGCCAUCGACCGUAAGAACCCGGAUCUAAUCUGCGUAGCCACGGUAACCAACGUGAUUGGCAACCGUUUCCUCGUGCAUUUUGAUGAGUGGGAUGACACGUAUGACUACUGGUGUGAGGAAGACUGUCCCUACAUCCACCCGGUGGGGUGGUGCUCAGCCAACGGCGGGAAACUCAACCCGCCAAACGAUGAUGAAGUUGACUCUUUUUCGUGGGAGGAGCAUCUACGGACCACAGGCGCUACAGCCGCGCCUCCCGAGCUCUUCAAAAAGCGCUCGCUUCCCGCGUUCAAGCCAUACCAAAAGCUCGAGGCCGUUGACAAGCGCAACCCUUCGCUGAUAAGAUGCGCGACCAUCGCCCGAGUGGAGGACUAUCGCGUGUCCGUCCACUUUGACGGCUGGGAUGACGUGUACGAUGACUGGUACGAUGCAGACUCCACCGAGCUCCAUCCCGUGGGAUACUGUGAGAGGACGGGACAUCCCCUGGAACCCCCUCUUACAACCGCGGACAAGAUCUCAUCCGUAGCUUGCCCAACUCCCGGAUGUAAAGGCAUCGGCCACGUGAAGGGUGCCAAGUACUCGAGCCAUCACAGCACGUUCGGCUGCCCUUACUCCUUACAGAACCUGAACAAGGACUCGUGUCUCGUGGACAGACUCUCCGCAAACUCCAUGACCGAGGAGUCCGACUGGUCUUACGCCAGCAAAAAUAAGUCUGGCGGAAUAGGAGGGCCGCGGCGUGGAGAAAUCAUGGACGGGGUCUGUCCAACGCCUGGAUGCGACGGCAGUGGUCAUGUCAGCGGUCACUGGCGUACGCACCAAAGUUCUGCCGGCUGUCCAAGGAAUGAUAUGAUUAUAGUCAAGAUAUCCUCACGGCCCGUCGUCGUUCAGCAGACAAAAUCACCAUCUUCCUACCCCACAGUCAUCAGACCUAAGCCGUCCCUUCCAUACUCGCACGAUUUCAAGUCCAAGCUCUCCUCGCCUUACCACUCAGAGGCAAGGCCCACAAGUUCUUCAUCUGUCCAAACUGGUGAAAAGACGAUAAGCAGUCACAUUACUGGCGUCUCUACAGCACAAAUUACCUCUAUGAGUACAACUACUGAGAGCACCACUACGCAUCCCGUCAGGCGAACGAGUCGAGAUCGACGCGAAAACAUCAAGUGCGUCACAGACAGACUUUUCGACGCAGUGCCCGUAACGGCGAGUUCUGGCCCACCAGAGAAACCAGUACCGCACCUCUCAAAGGUCUUCCGGCCAUGGAAUGGACCCGUCUCUAGUAAUGGUUACCAUGGCAGCCGAUAUGAUAAUUUUCCAGAACGUAAGAAGUCACGUGAGCGUCUGCGCAUGAGCAAGUGGGACGUGGAUGACGUGGUGAAGCACAUCACAGAUUUGGGGUGUCCCGACCAGGCCAAAAUAUUUAAGGAGCAGCAAAUAGACGGUGAAGCUCUUCUGCUGCUCAAUCAAAACGACAUCGUGCACAUUCUGAAGAUUAAGCUGGGCCCUGCUCUAAAGAUUUAUAAGAGCAUUCCACGUGUGUGACCAAAUCUGACGCUGUGUCACCUACCACGACCUGGCAUCGAGAGACGUUGCUUACUGCAGUUACGUCACAAAGUUGACUUCAUUUGUACCUUCCGUCUAGGGGAGGGGGGGGGUCGCUCUAGAAGACCCUCCAAAAGUAUGAAAUAAUGUGAGAAAAUUCACAUAGUUAAAAAUUUUCCCUUGAGGGAGUUUGUGCGGCGCUACAGAAAUAUUGUGGUAUAAAUGGACACCGAUUUUCCUGCCAAAUGGUGUACUGGUGUAUAGUUUUGUAUGCAUAUUUCCAUUCAUUCGUACAGAGUUCAAGUUCGCUUUAAUAGCAAUGUUGAAAUUCAUGUAUGACAAUAUUUUGAAGAAUGACUAUAUUUUGUAAUAAGAUUUAUAUGAAAAUAUGUUUUAUUGAUAUCAAAGAAAAAAACAUACAGUUAUUUAUAUGACAAAUAAGAAAUUGAAUAAACGUCGAAAAAUUGA